AUGGCUUUUCAUAUCAUACUGGAAGAGAUAGAAAUCGCACGAAGCGGAAGCAUCCUCGGCAUCUCGUUCUUGGCUAACGAUCUGAUGGAAACCGCUCAGAACAUUGUGGAGUUGGUGUUCACAAGUCAUGGCGGAUGGGCUUUCCUCCAGCUUGGACAACACCAGCAGUCCUUCCUCCAGCAGAUGCAGCAGAAUUACUCUUUCAACUUGCCUCAACCAAACUUCUUCAUCAAUCAGCAGAUACCACCACCAGCGAUGAUUGGCCAGGCUCCCACCCAGAAUGUUGUAGUGCACUCGCAUGGAGCCCCAGCGCCCGCUCAAAUCCAAGGGUCCUCCGAACAAGACAAAAACGAGCUCUAUCUCGAUCGACUCAACAAAGACAACAACCGCAACGAGAAGAUGAAGAACAGAUACGAGGAUGAACUAGCAGUGAAGGAGCGAGCCAGGUUGGAAGCUGAAGCGAAGAAGACGAUCGAGGCAGCGGAAGAGAAGGCUCGUAAGCUCAAGGAGGCCGAGGAAAGAUUCGAAAGGAACAAAAUUGAGAACAAUUUGAAAGAAGACACAAUACUGCGCAUUGACGAAGCGAAGAGCAGACAAGACGAGCUGGACCGUAAGACGCGUGAGAUGACGGAGAGGACAGAGCAGGAAAAGGUUGAUGCUGCACGAAGGUUUGAGCAAACACGUCAGGAAUUAGCCGCGAAAAGGGAGCAGAAGAGACGAGAGGAGGAGAGGCGAGAUCAGGAGAGGCGGGAUCAGGAGAGGCGAGAUCAGGAGAGGCGAGAUCAGGAGAGGCGGGAUCAGGAUAGGCGGGAUCAGGAGCGGCAGGAUCAGGAGAGACAGCGACAGCUCGAUGCCUCCAGAAACCGAAAAAAUGACUUGAAUAGUCAAUCAUACAACCAGCAGCGCAUGCUACCGGAACGCGAAAGACCACGAAGGUCUUCUCCGAUUCCACAAAAUCAACUCGUUUCUGACGACGACGAUGACGACUCCGACAGCGACGAAGAGAAGCGAAAAGAUCCGUACGAACUUAUCGGGCUGCCCGACAGAGGGCGCACACCAGUCAAAGACAUCGAAACUACCCAACGAGUGCUGAACAAGAUUCAUCAGAAGACUCUCGAUAGUGCGAUGUCAGAAUCCAAGAGACAACAUGCUGAGAAACGUAUGGUCGAGAUCAAGUGGGCGGCGGCCAUUCUCCUGGAUGACAUGAACAAGAGGGCUUACGAUGAGGCUGGUGCUAUAUUUCCUCAUGAGCAGCAGGCUUGGAGGAGGAAGAAUGGUAUUAGUGGUGCUGCCGGUAGGAAGUAA